CUUCGGUAGACAAAUAAUAUACCCUGGAGGAAAUUUCAAAUUCCAUCGGGGGAUGUUCGCGUUAUGGGGGGUAUAUAAGAGCUGGCACGUGUCCACUCUUCAGCAGUUUCACACACAUCAACGAGAAUGAGGUGGAUCGUGAUGUGGGCCUGUCUGGCCCUUUGUGGAAUAAAAGCUGAGCCUCGUUUUUAUAGACAGUCCAAACGUGAAGUUCCAAUGUCGCAAGAGCCCGAUGAAGGAUAUGUAGGGGAAGGAGGUCCGUACCCGCCGGCUUUAGGACCGUAUCCUCCUCCAGUGGUACCCGAGGUACAAAAUUCGCCACCACCGUCUGAGGAUGAUUUUGAGCCGCAGUCGGAACCAGAUGCUGGGCCAUACCCGCCAGCGGCUCCUCCUCCACCGCCACCACCGCCGCCAGCACCUGCUCCAGAAUAUGGGCCACCAGCUCCAUAUCCACCGGCUCCUCCACCACCUCCUCCACCACCGCCGCCACCAGCACCUGCUCCAGAAUAUGGACCACNCCGCCACCACCACCACCAGCCCCAGCUCCAGAGUAUGGACUACCAGCACCACCACCACCACCGCCACCUCCCCCUCCUCCGCCACCACCACCACCACCAGCCCCAGCUCCAGAAUAUGGACUACCAGCACCUCCACCUCCUCCACCACCACCAGCCCCAGCUCCAGAAUAUGGACUACCAGCACCUCCACCACCUCCACCUCCCCCUCCUCCUCCACCACCAGCCCCAGCUCCAGAAUAUGGCCUCCCUCCAGUCAAAUUUGAAACAGCACCUCCAAAACCUGCUACUGUAUAUGGAUUUCCUGGAGGGUUAUAAAUUAUUAAUAAAGAAUUUAGGCCAACUGUCUACUGUGCAAACUUUUAUUACAUAA